CACAGCCAUGGUGAGCGAGUCCCCGGGGCCCGGCGCCGGCGUCCCCUGGCGGCGGAGCGACGAGGCGCUGCAGGUGAACGUGGGCGGCGUGCGGCGGCGGCUGAGCGCGCGCGCCCUGGCGCGCUUCCCGGGCACGCGGCUGGGCCGUUUGCAGGCGGCGGCGUCGGAGGAGCAGGCGCGGCGGCUGUGCGACGACUACGACGCGGCGGCGCGCGAGUUCUACUUCGACCGGCACCCGGGCUUCUUCCUGGGGCUGCUGCACUUCUACCGCACCGGGCACCUGCACGUGCUCGACGAGCUGUGCGUCUUCGCCUUCGGCCAGGAGGCCGAUUACUGGGGCCUGGGCGAGAGCGCGCUGGCCACGUGCUGUCGCGCCCGCUACCUGGAGCGGCGCGUGGCGCGGCCGCGCGCCUGGGACGAGGACAGCGACGCGCCGAGCAGCGUGGACCCGUGCCCGGAUGAGAUCUCCGACGUGCAGCGCGAGCUGGCCCGCUACGGCGCGGCGCGCUGCGGCCGCCUGCGCCGCCGCCUGUGGCUCACCAUGGAGAACCCGGGCUACUCGCUGCCCAGCAAGCUCUUCAGCUGCGUGUCCAUCGGCGUGGUGCUCGCCUCCAUCGCCGCCAUGUGCAUCCACAGCCUGCCCGAGUACCAGGCGCGCGAGGCGGCGGCCGCCGUGGCGGCGGUGGCCCCGGGCCCCGGCGGCGGCGGCGGCGUCGAGGAGGCGCGCGACGACCCGGUGCUGCGGCGCCUCGAGUAUUUCUGCAUCGCCUGGUUCAGCUUCGAGGUGUCGUCGCGCCUGCUGCUGGCGCCCAGCACGCGCAACUUCUUCUGCCACCCGCUCAACCUCAUCGACAUCGUGUCCGUGUUGCCCUUCUACCUGACGCUGCUGGCCGGCGCGGCGCUGGGCGGCUCGGGCGGCGCGGGAGGCGAGGACCUGGGCGACCUGGGCAAGGUGGUGCAGGUGUUCCGGCUCAUGCGCAUCUUCCGGGUGCUCAAGCUGGCGCGCCACUCCACGGGGCUGCGCUCGCUGGGCGCCACGCUCAAGCACAGCUAUCGGGAGGUGGGCAUCCUGCUGCUCUACCUGGCCGUGGGCGUGUCGGUAUUCUCCGGGGUGGCCUACACCGCCGAGAAGGAGGAGGACGUGGGCUUCGACACCAUCCCGGCCUGCUGGUGGUGGGGUACUGUGAGCAUGACCACGGUGGGCUAUGGGGACGUGGUGCCCGUGACAGUGGCGGGCAAGCUGGCCGCCUCGGGCUGCAUCCUCGGCGGCAUCCUGGUGGUGGCGCUGCCCAUCACCAUCAUCUUCAACAAGUUCUCCCACUUCUACCGGCGUCAGAAGGCGCUGGAGGCCGCCGUGCGCAACAGUGACCGGCAGGAGUUUGAGGACGUGCUGAGCCGGGCGGACGGUGUGUCCCAGGCGUCCCUGGAGACAUCAGGGGAGAGCUCGCAGGAGGGGCGGGCUUCAGACCUCGAGGGCCUCAGGCGGCCUCCUGACUCUCACCUGUAUUAGAACCAGGGCUCCCUGUCUCCCCGGACCCCGACAGCUAACUCUGAGCACA